AUGCAAUUUGAUCACGGAGACCCCAUUGACUGGACAGUCGAUGAGGUAGUGAAUUUUCUCUGCUAUAAUCCACAGGAACCAUGGUCUCAGUCGGCGUCUCGCGGUCCUAGGCCUGAUCCUCAGUCCUUCGAGGCUGCACUUCGCGAUAACUUUGUCACGGGAGAAGUUCUUUUGCAAGAUGUUGACAAAGCCGCAUUGCGCGAGGACCUUGGAUUGAAGGCCCUAGGUCAUAUUAGCUCCAUGCUUAGGGCAAUACGAUACUUGCAAGGGAAUUCUCCCAAAUUCCAGCGUCUCACAGGGCAUUUACGCUCGGUUGACGACCGCCAAAAUGCCUUUUCCCCAACGCCAUUUGCUUCUGUGGGAUCCGCUCCUCAAUGGUCUUCCCCCAUAUGCCAUCAGAAUAACACUACACCCGGAAAUGUAACCACACAACAUGGAAAUCUCCUGAACCCAAGCAUUGUAUCGACCCCGUUUGCCCCGGCACAGGAACCAGGCCAAGAGACUGCUUCUGAGUACACGAUGGACGAGGAAAGACCUGCAGAGGGCUCUAUUGGACAGGCUCGGCCUCGGGAGCGAAUUAUAGUCGAUGAUCUAGGGAGAAAGCGGCGAAAGCUAGACCUAAUAUCACAAGCCGAAAUUGAAAAUAUUGAGCGGGCUCCAACUCCUGCGAUGCAUCCGCAAGGCGUGAAGUGGUUUAUGGGACCAGAACGGAUGACCUACUCAGCGCUAUUUUAUUCACCCGAUUCGGACGACAAUGAUAAUUCAUUUGUAAUAGUUGGAUCCGAAUUUCCAAGAGCGCAGCGUUGUUUUGUGAACAAAGCCCUUGGGUAUAGCUACAGGCAGCGGCCGAUCAAGCUAAGCUCUGGUAAAGGUCGCACUCAACGAGCCAUGGUACUUUACGAUGUCCAGAGGGUUGUCAAGGACAGCCAAAAGCACUUCACAUUGUACACACACCAAAAUGGAGAGGUUGCAGUUAGUAAGGAAAGAAUAGAAGAUUGGCCGCAACUUGUUGGAGUGCAAGCUGGUUCUCAAGCCUCAACAAAUACGCCAAGUGUCGCUGACCCGUUCUUAUAUCUUCUUCAAAAGUAUCCAGCUCUACAAGAUGAUGAAGACAUCUGCCCUUUGUAUGGCGAUUCAGGAUCAGAAGGAGAGUUUGAUGAGGAAACCUGGCAGGAAAUCCAGGCUGAAAAAGAGGCAGUCCAGCACAAACCAACAAUUCUUUCACGAGCAGAGGUUGAAUCUGUGAUUGUGGACUGUGUCUCGGAAUAUGAGAGUCGAUGGCACGGAACUGGAAAGCAGAAGGAAGAAAUGAAAGCGCGGCGACUUUGGCUAAUGGCCAAAAAGAGCAAGAGUACUAACCAGAAGAUCAAAACUCUGUCACAAGAUGUCAGUAACCUAGAAAAGCGCUUAGGAAAAUUGCAGGAGGCUAUUUGUCGAAGCGAGUAUGCAUCAAAGUCUGAGCUACGAAAACAGUGUCAGAGUAUGGAGCAAACUGUCAUGAGCAUACAAAAGAACAAAUGGCGUGUGGUGAUUCUAGAGCGUGAAAAAUGCCCCCCAAGAGUAGCGGCUGCUCCCAGGAAUCUAUCAGCUCAGAAGUCACCACCGGCUGCAGGAGAUGAAGAGUCGCUCUAUUCCGAAUCUGACGGCUUUACUGACCUUGAUGACUUUAUUGAUGAUGAAUCCGACUCUAUUGAGCGCGUUCAGGGAAACAAUAGUGCGACACCGACUCCGUCCACAUCUGAUAGUGACAACGACAUCAUCAGUCCUUCUGGGAUUUGGCGGAACUCGAAGCGAUCCAGGAGACUCCCUUUUCGGGAAUCCAGCUCUCCUCCUUCUAGCCCUACUAACAAGGCAUCGGCCGAGUGUAUUGAUCUUACAGCAGAUUCCCCUUGUGCUGAUGAUUUAAGGAUUGAGACCCCUCCCUUGAACCCGGUUCAACGAGUAAGCUUGAGACCCACCAAGGAGACUGCUACAAUUAGAAGGAGUCCAUCUAUCUCCCCUGAACCUAUACUUGGUCCAAACUUGAGUGUUCAAAUGCCAGUCAAGCAGAAAGACAUUUUCCCUAACAAAUCCGAACGGAAGCGGUUAUCAUUGCCUGACAUUGAUGACAUUGAGAAAGUCUUAUCGAUGCCAUGGGAAGUCCCCGAAGAGCGUCGCAACCGUCGCCUACUGUUGGCGAAGCUAAUUGGUAGUUUGUCUAUUGAAGAGCGAAACCGAAUGGCGAUAUUGAUACGCAGAUAUGAAACCCAGGAUUUGCAGACGCUCGCUGGGGACGCUCUAAAUAAGCUGCGUAAGAGUAAAGAAAAGAUUCCCGGGAUGCCCAAUCCCGAAAGCCAGCUGAUUAUGCGGACUGCGUCUCUUUACAUAGCAUGGGUUAAUUGUGUUCAUCCCCAGUUAAAGGGGAUUCCGAAGAGCCAUAUUAUAAAGGCCCAAGGGGAAAUCGAGAGUUUUCCGACUUUUUUCUGGGAGCUUUGCACUCGUCUUGACGCAUUCCUUUCUUAUGACGAGAAACAAGCUUCUGAUAAAUCAGAGGAGGCCGAUGCAACAGUUCCGGGUACACCUCACAAGAAGAGAAAAAGAGAAGUCAAGGAAAAUCGAGAAGUGAAACUGAACCAAGCAAGUGCACAGAUGCGUGUUGCCUUAAAUGAAGAGCAGAGACGGAAGGUUCAGCAGAAGAUGGAAAGUAUGGGCCUCAGCAACACUGACCCAACGCAUCAAGCAGUUAGCUUUGGAGAUCCAAUAAUUUAUCUAGAUCCACAUAUUGGCAAGCGUGUCAAACCCCAUCAACUCAAUGGCAUUCAAUUCAUGUGGCGAGAGUUGUUUGAGGACGAAAAGCAACAGGGCUGUCUGUUAGCACAUACGAUGGGUCUGGGCAAAACAAUGCAAGUCAUCGCUCUCCUAGUCACUAUAUCCAGUACUGCAUCUUCCAGUGACCCAAAGAUUAGCCAGCAGAUUCCCGCCAGCUUCAAGGAUUCCAGAUUUCUUAUCCUUUGCCCUUCCUCUUUAAUUGAGAACUGGUAUGAGGAAUUUCUGAUGUGGAACCCUCCGAAUUCAAGCAUUGGCCCUAUAAGGAGACUCACAAGUUCACACGCGCCUCCAGAAAGGUUGCAGAUUGCGUCCGAGUGGGGUACGGAAGGGGGAGUUCUUAUCAUGAGCUAUGACAUCUUCAGAGCGUGGAUUUCCAACAAGAAGACUACCAAAAAAGGACAGCCUCUUUCCGAGGAGGUCCAUGGGAAGGUCUGCAAAUGGCUGUUAGAAGGUCCGAGUGUUGUUGUUGCCGAUGAAGCCCAUAAGAUGAAGAAUCCAUCCUCUGCUAUUUCCCGGGCCGCCAUGCAGUUUCGCUCAACAAGACGCAUCGCACUUACUGGAUCUCCUCUUGCCAAUAAUCUUAUCGACUACUAUACCAUGGUUAAUUGGAUUGCAAAGGACUACCUCGGAAAUUUUGUGGAGUUUAAGGCAAAUUAUGUGGAGCCUAUAGAGGAAGGCCUAUACGCAGACAGUUCUUAUACGGAGAGACGGAGGUCUCUCGUUAAGCUUCAAGUGCUCAAAGAAAUUCUUGAUCCCAAGAUUAAUCGUGCGGAUAUCACGGUGCUCGAGGGUAGUCUGCCACCCAAGAUUGAGUUUGUUCUUACUGUUCCCUUGACACAGCUACAGAAAGCCGCCUAUGAUUCAUAUGUUGCGACCCUAGUCCAAGGCAGAGGGGACGUGGGCACUGCAAAACUUUGGUCCUGGCUGGCAAUUCUGGGACUCUGUUGUAACCACCCUACUUGUUUUAGAGAUAAGCUACAAAACAGAGCAAGUGACGCACAAAAAUUGGAUAAGAGAGUGGAGGAGACCGAAGAGUUUCCCGGGGAUGAGCCCAUCACUCAAGCCGGACUUCCUGACUCGGAGAAAUUAGUCGUGGAAGAAGAGCAACUCUUUUCCACUGUUCCCGACAUGAAAGCCCUGGAGCUAUCAUAUCGGGCACAGAUUUUGGACAGGAUAAUCGACGAGUCGAUCAAUGCUGGUGACAAGCUGUUGAUAUUCUCUCACAGCCUACCAACGCUCAACUACAUUGAGCAUAUUUUGAACCGGGUCAAUCGAAAAUACUGCCGCUUGGAUGGAACGACCCCGAUUGCUGGUCGGCAAGCUGCGACAAAACGAUUCAACCACGACUCCUGGGAACAGGUCUAUUUGAUCUCAACACGUGCAGGGGGGCUGGGCUUAAACAUCCCCGGUGCCAAUCGCGUCGUGAUCUUUGACUUCUCCUUCAACCCUGUCUGGGAGGAACAGGCGAUUGGACGGGCCUAUCGCCUGGGUCAGAAAAAACCAGUCUUUGUCUAUCGCUUUAUCGCCGGUGGCACUUUCGAGGAAAUCAUGUAUAACAAGGCAGUUUUCAAGACACAGCUUGCAUUCCGCGUCGUUGACAAGAAAAAUCCCGUCCGCACUGCCUCCAAGUCCCUCCGCGAGUACCUUUUCCCAGCGAAACCAGUCCCUCAGGAGGAUAUCACUGAUUGUAUCGGGAAAGACCCUAACGUGCUGGACAAGAUCCUCGUAAACAGCGGGCCCGACAAUCCGAUUCGAAAAAUCGUCCUCAGCAAGACCUUAGAACGAGAGGACAACGACAAGUUAACGGAGGAAGAAAGACAAGGCGUCCAGCAAGCCUUGAGCGAUGAACGUCUGAAGCGGACCGACCCAAACGCAUAUCACCAGAUGAUCUGUGAACGUGAACGUGAACGACAGAGGGCUCUUGUGCAGAACACUACGAACACGACAACAGCGCUCCAGUACCCUUCCGCAUAUUCACACACAUCAUCCCAUGUGCAGUUCGAGCCUAGUAUCUACAUGAAUCCUCCACCACAGUCUCUGUCUUUUCACCAGUAUCAGCCUCAUCAUGAUCAGCAGCUGUAUCAGCCUUAUCAACCAUAUCCCCCCCCGACCACUAGGCCAUCGAUUCCUUCCAGCGCUCAUAAUGACGGCCCUCCUCCUUUGGCCCCGGAUACCAGUCUUUAA